AUGAGAUUGAGCGUACUUUUAGCAUCCCUCGCCGCUGUCUGCGAUGCAGCUCAGGUCAAGUUUACCAACAACAUUCGCCUGCUCUUCGAUGUAGACGGUAAUCAGAUUGACGCCUAUGGCAGCAAGAUCAGCAAUUUUAAUGGCGUUUACUAUCUUUAUGGCAACAGCUUCGCGAUCGAGGGUGUGGCAUUCGGUAUCAAGUCCUAUAGCUCGGUGGAUCUGAUUAAUUGGAAAUACGAAGGCUUCCUGUUCGACCCAUACAGCAAUACACCUUGCAACGACCUGGGCGGCUGCGGUCGUCCACAUAUCGUCUUCAAUCCCAUCACCCAGUUGUAUAUUCUCUGGGCCAAUGCUGGCUCGAGUGGUUAUCCUGUGGCUACUUCUUCAACCCCAUCUGGACCGUUCUUUUUCUUGAGCUCGCCGGCUGCGAUCGACCCGCAAUUCAAUGGUCUUCAGCCCGCCGACUUCACUGUGGAGAUCUUAAACAACACCGGUUAUAUAGUCUUCUCGGCGCUCAACUUCCGUGAUCCACGGGCAGGAUCCCUCUGGCCUCCUAUCUUCCAGACGCUGCAUGCCAGCCAGCUGACGUCCAACCUGGAGAAUACCACAGAGAUCAGCUAUCCUGUGGUCUCCGUCGCCGAUGACCUCAUUGAUCAGGAGGCCGAGUCUCCGGACAUCUUUAUGCGGAAUGGGAUAUACUACAUAGUGGCCUCGAACACCUGCGGAUACUGUAACGGAUCCAUUGGUUUGGUAUAUCGUUCAGCCAGCAUACAAGGACCAUGGAUGAGACAGAUCAUUGCAGGCUACUCGUGCAAUGGACAAGUAGAGGGCGUGCUACCGCUUGUGAACCCUAGCACCGGCCAGACGACGUAUAUUUGGCACUCGACUUCCGUGCCCGGAGGCCCAAGAGUCGGCUUCGGCGGGCAUAUCUUCCAGCCGUUGCAGUUCAACGGAGAUGGCUCAGUUCAAGACCUGAAUUGCGCCGCUAAGGCUCAAUUUACGGUCGACUUUCAGGCUGGAAAUGGCACCGUUGCAUCCGGCAACGCUACCAUGGCCGGACAAGCUACGCCGUUAUCUGCUGAGUAUGACUACGUCUGCGACUCGGAUCAAUUUGUUCUUUACCAGACAUGGACGGCGGCCAAGGCCGGCACCAUUAGCAGUGUCUCCGUCAACAUUGCUGCGAGCGUGCAGACCGUACCGCUGUCUUUGACCGUCUUCAGGUUUGACAGUUAUAGCGAUCUCAUUGCGCCUGAAUACAAAUACACAACCAUGGGCACAGCCACCUUCAACCGGACCAGUCUCUCCUACGUCUUCGACGUCGCCAACGUACCAGUAACUUCCAAUGCCACUGUGCAGCAAGGCGACCUCCUGGGGCUAGCUAUCUCCGGUGCGGACUUUGUGCCAUAUUGCCAUCUUGAGUACAGUACUGGUACUGGUGCUAGUAGCUCUAGCGGGCCAACUGGGUGGGGACAUGGACCACAGGGUUCCUGGGGAGGCAGCAGCUUUUCCCCUUCCGGAACAUAUAGGCUGUUCCAGCAAGGUGUUGGUCAGAACAGUUGGCGUGGGUUGCAAGGUACAAUUAGUCCGAUUUAUGAGCGGCUUGGGAAAAGCGUGAAGUUCUUUGUAACGUACGCUUGA